AUGAAGGAAAAUCAAGUGGCGCUGUACUCUUUGCGAUCAUUCGGGAACGGAAGCACGUGCUGGAACCCUGUUACCGACCCGACAACGCAGUUAUUCGAGCCGUAUCCCAACCAGCUCUUCGACAGGACCCUGAGAGUUGUCUCCCUUGGCCUUUAUCCGGUCCGCAAGGAGCCGGAAGGGGAAGACGACUGGAGGUGGAGUGGCUUCGUCUUCGAUGUCCUCAACUGCCUCGCAGAUUCUCUGCACUUCAGAUACCAGAGCAGAGAUCCUGAACACCACUACUACUUCGCACAGCUCCCCAACGGUUCUUACGUGGGCGUCAUUGGUGACGUGGCUCGCAAGGUGGCGGACGUCGCGGUGGGUGACCUGUCUAGGACGACGGCGCGCGAUGCCCUUGUGGACUUCACCACGUUGAUCCUCGACGACGCUGUCACAUUCGUAUAUUAUCGUGGAACAAGCGAGCCUGGGCUUUGGACUGUGCUCAAGCCAUUCCCCUUAUCGGUGUGGGCCCUUACCUUCAGCGCUAUGCUGCUGCUGGUUACGCUGCUCUACACCUACAACGUUGCCCGUGCCGCUCUCAGGACGUUGGAUGACACGACGACCUGCAGCCGCAGAGUGCUUUCUGUCGCGAAGUCUGUACUGCACUCGUAUCUCACACAAGACAAGCCUCAUGAGGAAGGACCAAGGCCCCUGCUAGGCUGCUGGUAUGUGGUGUUCCUCGUGCUCACCACAGUAUACUGCGGUCGUCUGACAGCCUUCUACGUGACCACCCUGGAGGAACCCUGUGUCCUCUCUUACAGAGCUGGUGGCACGUCGGCCACAUGCCAUCGUUCUUGUCAAAAACGGAUCACUACCCUACGAAGUGCUGAAGCAGCGAACGUACGAUUUCCUGUGGAGGCGGCACCUUGUGCGGGUGGUCAGCGCCCGUACGCCCGUUGACGACCUGUUGCGCAUGGUGGCGCAGCAACGGGCCGCCGGCUGGAUGGCCGAAGCAGCGUUUGGCGGAGCGCGCAUUCGGGAGGCGCGCCUGCGCGGACUCUCCGUGGCGGGCUCCUCGAUGGCCGUCUC